AUGGUGACAAAUGGUGGUUAUUACAGGAAGGGUAAUGUGGUGGAAUCCCCCUCUACUGAACUGUACUGUACUGUCUUAGAGAUAUGGAGCUACUUCUCCUAAGGCCUGCCAAAUAAUAAGACCUUAUUACAGUACAACUCAGGGUCUCUUCUACUCUGAUACUCCCUCAUAUACAGGACAUGACUAACUAUACAUAUCAGGCCUGGAUUCAAAAUAAUUAUAGUGAAAUCUUUUGAACACUUUGAGUGUUUGAUUGAGCCUGCCAGGAGCGCCGGAUGGGCAGGUUUCGAACCUGUGGGACUAUUCCAUAGAUUCCAUUGCGCCAGACAAGCUCAAUCAAGCGCAGCUAAAGUAUUUGACAGAAAACAAGUAGUAUUCGAACCCAAGCCUUGCACACUGUGCUGCAUAGGACCUUGAAGUGUUGUUGUUCAGAAAUUAUUUUUAAAAGAGUCUUUCAGAAGUGGAGAGAAAACACAAUAAUUAUGCAGUGUCUUUUCAACAGCAGCUUCAAGUCUCAGCGCAGCAGGCAACACACACACACACACAUGCAUGCGCACAAACACACACACAUACACACAGAGGGAGUAGACAGAGAGAGCGUGUAGAGGAUAUAUUAAUUAUAGAUGCGGAUAGCUGCAGGUGGGCCAGCAUACUGCUGUUAAUGUCAGGUAGUGUGACUUUGAGUGGCCAAGGUUACAAUGACAAUAAUAACCCCUGUCUCUGGGGGUGAACCAACCUCCGCUCCCCAACACAGCACAGUCUGGCAGAGACAGCCUGGCAGGGAGCACCAGCUAUUGCUAGUCGGCUGGCUCUGCAGGGACUGGGCUUCUGCCCUACUUGGAGGAGAAUCAAAUGAUGAUGAAGCAAAUUUCUAUUUUUGUUAUUGAAAGAUAGCUGGGGUGUGUUUUUUUAUUUAUGUGAGCUGAUCAGCUGCCACGGUUCAAAGUUCAAAAGUGAUGUUAAAAGUCUUUAUGCUCCUAAUAGACAGCUUGCAUUUUGACAAUAUAACAUUAGCCUAACUCAGCAAAGGGAUGUGAGAAAUGUUUGAGAGAGAAGCAUUUUAAUAUCUGACUAUGUCUUACCUCCCAUCUAGAGAGCUGUCUAUUUACCACCACAAACCAAUGCUGGCAUUAAGAUUGCACUGAAUGAGCUGUAUAAGGCCAUAAGUAAACAGAAAAACGCUCAUCCAGAGGCAGUGCUCCUAGUGGCCGGGGACUUUAAUGCAGGGAAACUUAAAUCCGUUCUACCUAAUUUCUACCAGCAUGUUAAAUGUGCAACCAGAGGGAAAAAAAAUCUAGACCACCUUCACUCCACACACAGAGACGCAGACAAAGCUCUCCCUCGCCCUCCAUUUGGCAAAUCUGACCAUAACUCUAUCCUCCUGAUUCCUGCUUAUAAGCAAAAACUAAAGCAGGAAGCACCAGUGACUCGGUUAAUAAAAAAGUGGUCAGAUGACUCAGAUGCUAAGCUACAGGACUGUUUUGCUAGCACAGACUGGAACAUGUUCCGGGAUUCUUCAGAUAGCAUUGAGGAGUUCACCAUAUCAGUCACUGGCUUCAUCAAUAAGUGCAUCGAUCAUGUCGUCCCCACAGUGACCGUACGUACAUACCCCAACCAGAAGCCAUGGAUUACAGGAAACAUCUGCACUGAGCUAAAGGGUAGAGCUGCUGCUUUCAAGGAGCGGGACUCUAACCCGGACGCUUAUAAGAAAUCCCGCUAUGCCCUCCGACAAACCAUCAAACAGGCAAAGAGUCAAUACAGGACUAAGAUUGAAUCGUACUAUACCGGCUCUGACGCUCGUCGGAUGUGGCAGGGCUUGAAAACUAUUACAGACUGCAAAGGGAAGCACAGCCGCGAGCUGCCCAGUGACACAAGACUUCCAGACAAGCUAAACCACUUCUAUGCUCGCUUCGAGGCAAGCAACACUGAAGCAUGCAUGAGAGCACCAGCUGUUCUGGAUGACUAUGUGAUCACGCUCUCCGUAGCCGAUGUGAGUAAGACUUUUAAGCAGGUCAACAUUCACAAGGCCGCAGGGCCAGACGGAUUACCAGGACGUGUACUCCGAACAUGUGCUGACCAACUGGCAAGUGUCUUCACUGACAUUUUCAACAUGUCCCUGACUGAGUCUGUAAUACCAACAUGUUUCAAGCAGACCACCAUAGUCCCCGUGCCCAAGGACACUAAGAUAACCUGCCUAAAUGACUACCGACCCGUAGCACUGACGUCUGUAGCCAUGAAGUGCUUUGAAAGGCUGGUCAUGGCUCACAUCAACACCAUUAUCCCAGAAACCCUAGACCCACUCCAAUUUGCAUACCGCCCCAACAGAUCCACAGAUGAUGCAAUCUCUAUUGCACUCCACACUGCCCUUUCCCACCUGGACCAGAGGAACACCUACGUGAGAAUGCUAUUCAUUGACUACAGCUCAGUAUUCAAAGCUCAUCAUUAAGCUAAGGAUCCUGGGACUAAACACCUCCCUCUGCAACUGGAUCCUGGAUUUCCUGACGGGCCGCCCCCAGGUGGUAAGGGUAGGUAACAACACAUCUGCCACACUGAUCCUCAACACGGGGGCCCCUCAGGGGUGCGUGCUCAGUCCCCUCCUGUACUCCCUGUUCACCCAUGACUGCAUGGCCAGGCACGACUCCAACACCAUCAUUAAGUUUGCCGACGACACAACAGUGGUAGGCCUGAUCACCGACAACGAUGAGACAGCCUAUAGGGAGGAGGUCAGAGACCUGGCCGUGUGGUGCCAGGAUAACAACCUCUCCCUCAACAUGACCAAGACAAAGGAGAUGAUUGUGGACUACAGGAAAAAAAAGAGGACUGAGCACUCCCCCAUUCUCAUCGACGGGGCUGUAGUGGAACAGGUUGAGAGCUUCAAGUUCUUCAUCACCAACAAACUAUCAUGGUCCAAACACACCAAGACAGUGGUGAAGAGGGCACGACAAAGCCUAUUCCCCCUCAGGAGACUGAAAAGAUUUGGCAUGGGUCCUCAGAUCCUCAAAAAAUUCUACAGCUGCACCAUUGAGAGCAUCCUGACUGGUUGCAUCACCGCCUGGUAUGGCAACUGCUUGGCCUCCGACCACAAGGCACUACAGAGGGUAGUGUGUACGGGCCAUUACAUCACUGGGGCCAAGCUUCCUGCCAUCCAGGACCUCUAUACCGGGCGGUGUCAGAGGAAGGCCCUCAAAAUUGUCAAAGACUCCAGCCACCCUAGUCAUAGACUGUUCUCUCUGCUACCGCACGGCAAGUGGUACCGGAGUGCCAAGUCUAGGUCCAAAAGACUUCUCAACAGCUUCUACCCCCAAGCCAUAAGACUCCUGAACAGCUAAUCAUGGCUACCCAGACUAUUUGCACUGCCACCCCACCCCUUUUUUAAACUUUUUUAUUAAAAAUAAAUGCACUGUUGGUUAAGGGCUGUAAGUAAGCAUUUCACUGUAAUGUCUGCACCUGUUGUAUUCGGCGCAUGUGGCCAAUACAAUUUUAUUUUAUUUUAUUUGAGAGAGACCGAGACAGAGAGCGAGGCUGUGAGGUCAGAGUCUUCAAGCGCCUGUUGGGAUCUGUCAAACAGACACGGCUGACAUUUUUUUGAUAAUUGCUAUGCCUGGCCAUGAUCUGUAUUAGCAUAUGAAAGUUGUCUUCUUCUCUUUUUUUCUCUCUCUCUCUUGCACAGACAGUACAUUGGUGUAUGCUAAUUUGUAAGUCAUUUCAGAUGACAGAGAGUGGUUGGAUCCCAGAGGUGCUGUCUCUCUCUCUCUUUCUCUCUCCCUUAAUCUCUCUUUCUCUCAUACUCUAUUUCUCUCUCUCUCUCUCCUCGUGUCUCUAUCAGUGUAGAAUCAGCUGAAGCCUCAGAACUGUGUUUAGGGUCAUACGCAGCGGUCCUUUUGUGUACAGGCAUGGAGCAAGCCACCUUUUAGGAAGUUGGUCACCCAGCAACUUGGCCAGCCUUUAGAAAGAGUUCAACAAUGCCACCAUGUGUUUCCCAGGGAGAGAUGAUUUGCUAUUGUCAUUCAUUUUUGUAUGUGAGAUUGUUGAGCUAUUUUAUCAGUGCAAAAUUGCAAAAAACAGAAUUUCCUAAAUGGAAACUGCAUUAGAGGACAUUUUACAAUAUAAUGUAUUAGUAUGGCUACAAUGCUCUGUUACUAUUCAUGGUUAUGAUGCAGUCAGAAUUUGUGAGAAUACAGAGUCUAUGUUAGAGCUCACUGCAGAAUCUAUUGAGUGGAGACUCACAGAGGGUGACUUGUGUCCCUGAUCAUGGCCAUGCCAAGCACCUGGCUAGAGGAAGGAGAGGGGAAGGGGAUCGAUGGCGAUUGGUGCCACCUGGGGUUUGGUGAUGCCAUUGCCAUCCCCUCAGACACACACACACACUUUCACUGACACACACACACACACAUGCAUCACAUACACACAGCUCUGCGUUAUCACAGAGGGCUCUCUCUCUCUUCCCUCGUCUGUGUUAGUAUGCAGUAGGCAGACUGGGGGGAGCAGGGGAGGGCGUAGCAGAGCGCUGUGGAUCGUUAUUAUUGACCAAGCCUCUGUGUAGCCCUGUGCUGCGGAGACAAGUCCACACGCACACACACAAAAGCGGAUACUUUACACAGUGACACACACAUACACGCACUGUCUUGCUCACACACACACAGUGUAGUUGAUGUAGAAUGAGACAGUAGAACAUUUCAUAUUCAUAAUUAUCACUAAAUAAUUGUUUUAAAAAAUGUAUUGAUUAAUUGGACUUGAGAAAAUAAAUAUAAUCAUGGAUGGUUGUAAAGAGAAACCCCAUCAGGAAUCUGAUUUCAGCCCUCCACUGAGAGGAGGAGAGGGAUUCAAUAAACAACAAUCUAGAGGCUCUGUGUGUGUGUAAUUGUGUGUGUGAGUGAGCAAGACAGUGUGUGUGUGUGUGUGUGUGUGUGUGUGUGUGUGUGUGUGUGUGUGUGUGUGUGUGUGUGUGUGUGUGUGUGUGUGUGUGUGUGUGUGUGUGUGUGUAUGUGUGUGUGUGUCACUGUGUCCCAGCACUGGUGCACUCCUCGCUCCACACACACACACACACACACACACACACACACACACACACAUUACUCACUCUCCGUUGUCAUGGAUUAAAUGAAUCCUGUUUUAAUGAAAGCGCCUCUCAUUCAUAAGCCUGUAGAACAAAAUCUUGUCAGCUUUUGACGCCUAGCAGCAUGCCAGGCAAAGUUCAGGGGAAAGGAGGAUCAAAGAAAGGAGAGAAAGAAAGACAGGAGGCUGACUCCCCCUCCUUUGAUAUCUGUUUUCUGUAAUCGCUUGGAAAUGAAUGAUUUUUCUUAACCUGCAAGUCUGUCUCAUUUAAGGUUGUCUUCUCUUGAACAGAAUAAAGAACGGUUGAGUUGUUUAAUUGGUUUAGAAAAACACUAGGAUUCCAUUCUCCUCUGCUAUAAGGUUUAGAAGAUUUGAUGUGUUUGUCUAGCAUGCAAGUACACACACACACACACACGGAUGCGUGCACACUCUCCUUUCCCCCUCAUUUUACCAGUGGUUGCUUGUCACACACAACUGCAUGUAAACCACAAGCUGAAAAGCCCUUCAGGAUAUCAAAUCCAUGCUCUAACUAGGUCAAUGCUCGCUCCUCACAAUACACUGCUGCUGCUGCAUCCUCCUCGCAUCCCUCUCUCUCUCCUUCUCUAUGUACACUACAUGACCAAAAGGAUGUGGACACCUGCUCGUCGAACAUCUCAUUCCAAAAUUAAUGGAGUUGGUCACCCCUUUUCUGCUAUAACAGCCUCCGCUCUUCUGGGAAGGCUUUCCACUAGAUGUUGGAACAUUGCUGCGGGGACUUGCUUCCAUUCAGCCACAAGAGCAUUAGUGAGGUCAGGCACUGAUGUUGGGCGAUUAGGCCUGGCUCGCAGUUGGCGUUCCAAUUCAUCCCAAAGGUGUUCGAUGGGGUUGAGGUCAGGGCUCUGUGCAGGCCAGUCACGUUCUUCCACACCGAUCUCGACAAACCCUUUCUGUAUGGACCUCGCUUUGUGCAUCGUGGCAUUGUCAUGCUGAAACAAGAAAGUGCCUUCCCCAAACUAUUGCCACAAUGUUAGAAGCACAGAAUCAUCUAUAAUGUCAUUGUAUGCUGUAGCAUUAAGAUUUCCAUUCACUGGAACUAAGGGGCCUAGCCCGAACCAUGAAAAACAGCCCCAGACCGUUAUUCCUCCUCCACCAAACUUCACAGUUGGCACUAUGCAUUUGGGGCAGGUAGCGUUCUCCUGGUAACCACCAAACCCAGAUUUGUCCGUCAGACUGCCCGAUGGUGAAGCGCGUGAUUCAUCACUCCAGAGAACACGUUUCCACUGCUCCAGAGUCCAAUGGCGGCGAGCUUUACACCACUCCAGCUGACACUUGGCAUUGCGCAUGUUGAUCUUAGGCUUGUGUGCGGCUGCUCAACCAUAGAAACCCAUUUCAUGAAGCUCCCGGGUAGAGUUAAAGUGACUAUGCAUAAAUAAUUAACAGAGUAGCAGCAGCAUAAAAAGAUGGGGUGGGGGGGGCAGUGCAAAUAGUCCAGGUAGCCAUGAUUAGCUGUUCAGGAGUCUUAUGGCUUGGGGGUAGAAGCUGUUGAGAAGUCUUUUGGACCUAGACUUGGCACUCCGGUACCGCUUGCCGUGCGGUAGCAGAGAGAACAGUCUAUGACUAGGGUGGCUGGAGUCUUUGACAAUUUUGAGGGCCUUCCUCUGACACCGCCUGGUAUAGAGGUCCUGGAUGGCAGGAAGCUUGGCCCCAGUGAUGUACUGGGCCGUACGCACUACCCUCUGUAGUGCCUUGCGGUCGGAGGCCAAGCAGUUGCCAUACCAGGCGGUGAUGCAACCAGUCAGGAUGCUCUCGAUGGUGCAGCUGUAGAAUUUUUUGAGGAUCUGAGGACCCAUGCCGAAUCUUUUCAGUCUCCUGAGGGGGAAUAUGCUUUGCCAUUCUACUACCAGUGUUUGACUAUGGCGAUUGCAUGGCUCUGUGCUCGAUUUUAUACACCUGUCAGCAACGGGUGUGGCUGAAAUAGCCGAAUCCACUAAUUUGAAGGGGUGUCUACAUACGUUUGUAUAUACAGUGUAUCUCUCUUUCUCUCUCUCUAUUUAACCUUCUCUCUUUGUUUACUCCUUCUUCAUUUCAACUCUCCUCUUUCUAUCAAAUGUAAAACACCACAAGGUUGAAUCAAUAUUCUUUAAUUAAACAUCAAGGACAUGAACACUGGUUCAUUACUGCCUUCUAUGGAUUAUUGUAGCAUUCUGUUCAAAGGUCCAAACAAAAGAGUAUGUCUCAAUAUUCAUUUUUCCCUUUCUAUAUCAAAAAUAAAAUUGGGUAAAAAUGGGGUCAAAAUAGUGUAGAUUGAACCAGUUGCCAUAGCUUCAAUACUGACUGGCAUAGAUGGGAAGGAAAUGGGAGGUACUGUGCACAUGCCAUCCCCAACCCCAUCCUAAACAGCAUCCUCCAUCAUCUGUGACUGAGGAAUAUCCUUCCAGCUCCUGCUAUGACAGCUCCGGCAGGCAUCAGGCAUUAGUCCUCCUAAACGUUGUCCCACGAAUUAGUAUGAUAUAAACACAUCCGACCUGAGCUGCGCCGCGGUGCCAUAUCAAAGCUCUAUGUGAUCUUUGUCCCUGGAUCUCUCUGCUUUAGUCUGAAAAAGAGAGAGUUCUGCCAGAGAGAGAGAGAGCAUCCCCAAGAGAGAGAGAGAGCAGAGCGAUGAGCUAUGUGAUAACGAGCUGUGUUAGACUGCCACAACACACAGCCUUGUCACAUUUCCUCUCAGAUGUGUUCAGCAAAGUGGGCUGGAGCAGAUGUUCAGUGUCUAUAGUCUCGUCGCCAGGCACUUCACAGAAGAGAACUCUGCAAAUAUUUACAAAGCCACUUGGAUAUUCUAUAUCAAGUGUUGCUAGGGCUGUUUUGAGUGUUUUUAUUUGUUGAAUUAUAACUGUAAAUGCAGGAUGAUUCUGAUUACACUGUGUUGUGAAUGAAAAAGAAAAAGAAAGUAUAUACAGCGGCUUGCGAAAGUAUUCACCCCCCUUGGCAUUUUUCCUAUUUUGUUGCCUUACAACCUGGAAUUAAAAUAGAUUUUGGGGGGGGUUUGUAUCAUUUGAUUUACACAACAUGCCUACCACUUUGAAGAUGCAAAAAAAAUGUUUGUGUGAAACAAACAAGAAAUAAGACACAAAAACAGAAAACCUGAGCGUGCAUAACUAUUCACCCCCCCAAAGUCAAUACUUUGUAGAGCCACCUUUUGCAGCAAUUACAGCUGCAAGUCUCUUGGGGUAUGUCUCUAUAAGCUUGGCAUAUCUAGCCACUGGGAUUUUUGCCCAUUCUUCAAGGUAAAACUGCUCCAGCUCCUUCAAGUUGGAUGGGUUCCGCUGGUGUACAGCAAUCUUUAAGUCAUACCACCAAUUCUCAAUUGGAUUGAGGUCUGGGCUUUGACAAGGCCUUUCUAAGACAUUUAAAUGUUUCCCCUUAAACCACUAAAGUGUUGCUUUAGCAGUAUGCUUAGGGUCAUUGUCCUAACAGUAGCUACUAAGGGUAAGUUAUAACCUACAUUUGUGUUUUGUUUUUACAUACUGGUAACCAGAGUCGUUCAAGGGAAUUCGGGACAUGGGUGACUAGUUAACGUUAGCUUGGCUCUCUCUGUGUGUUCGUGCCGUGGGAGGAGGGGUUUUUCAUUGGCAGAGAGCAAUGGCUAGCUAGUACGCUAACUAUUCUAGCUAACUAACUGGCUGAAUAAGUUGACGACGGACUCACUCAAACUGUCAAAACUAACCCAAAACUUUACACAACGUUAGACACGGACACAAAUGAUCUGCUUGGCGUGUUAACACACUGGUGGUUUGUUGUAACCGAGUAUUGGUGCUAAACCGUGUUAUUGGAGGCUGGCAUGCUAGUUGGCUAUGGUGUCAUAGGAUUCGGUGCCCUGGACGGUUUUCACGGAAGAAUACUGUACCAAGUUAGCUAGCUGAAUAAACUAAGUUAGUCUAUUCCUAGAAAACAUUGAACCGCUGUAGUUUACAACAAUUAUAAUUUCUAAAGUGGAAGUUGGGAGAGUUAUAUUUGAGUGUUUCAAUGAAACGUAAGUGAGGGAGGCCCCGCUCUCUCGCUUUCCCAGAUGUUUAGUUCAUUUCAUUCCAAUCUCCUUUGCAUUAUUGUAGCCAUUUUCUGUAGCCUGUCAACUAUGUGUCUGUCUAUCCCUGUUCUCUCCUCUCCGCACAGGCUAUACAAACGCCUCACACCGCGUGGCUGCUGCCACUCUAACCUGGUGGUCCCUGCACGCAUGACCCACGUGGAGUUCCAGGUCUCCGGCAGCCUCUGGAACUGCCGUUCUGUGGCCAACAAGGCAGAGUUCAUCUCAGCCUAUGCUACCCUCCAGUCCCUCGACUUCUUGGCGCUGACUUAAACAUGGAUUACCACAGAAAACACUGCUACUCCUACUGUUCUCUACUCGUCUGACCAUGUGUUCUCGCAUACCCCGAGAGCAUCUGUGGUGGCACAGGAAUCCUCCUCUCUCCCAAGUGGACAUUCUCUCUUUCUCCCCUGACCCAUCUGUCUAUCUCCUCAUUUGAAUUCCAUGCUGUCACAGUCACCAGCCCAUUCAAGCUUAACAUCCUUAUCAUUUAUCGCCCUCCAGGUUCCCUUGGAGAGUUCAUCAAUGAGCUUGAUGCCUUGAUAAGUUCCUUUCCUGAGGAUGGCUCAUCCAUCACACUUCUGGGUGACUUUAACCUCCCUACGUCUACCUUUGACUCAUUUCUCUCUGCCUCCCUCUUUCCACUCCUCUCCUCUUUUGACCUCACCCUCUCACCAUCCCCCCCUAAGCACAAGGCAGGCAAAACGCUUGACCUCAUCUUUACUAGAUGCUGUUCUUCUACUAAUCUCACUGUAACUCCCCUCCAUGUCUCCGACCACUACUUUGUAUCCUUUUCUCUCUCGCUCUCCUCCAACACUACUCACUCUGCCCCUACUCAGAUGGUAAUGUGCCGUCGCAACCUUCGCUCUCUCUCUUCCGCUACUCUCUCCUCUUCCAGCCUAUCAUCUCUUCCCUCUGCUCAAACCUUCUCCCUCCAAUCUCCUGAUUCUGCCUCCUCAACCCUCCUCUCCUACCUUUCUGCAUCCUUUGACUCUCUAUGUCCCCUAUCCUCCUGGCCGGCUCAGUCCUCCCCUCCUGCUCCCUGGCUUGAUGACUCAUUGCGAGCUCACAGAACAGGGCUCCGGGCAGCCGAGCGGAAAUUGAGGAAAACUAGACUCCCUGCGGACCUGCCAUCUUUUCACUCCCUCCUCUCUACAUUUUCUUCCUCUGUUUCUGCUGCUAAAGCCACUUUCUACCACUCUAAAUUCCAAGCAUCUGCCUCUAACCCUAGGAAGCUCUUUGCCACCUUCUCCUCCCUGCUGAAUCCUCCUCCCCCUCCCCCCUCCUCCCUCUCUGUGGAUGACUUCGUCAACCAUUUUGAAAAGAAGGUUGAUGACAUCCGAUCCUCGUUUGUUAAGUCAAAUGACACCGCUGGUCCUGCUCACACUGCCCUACCCUAUGCUUUGACUUCUUUCUCCCCUCUCUCUCCAGAUGAAAUAUUGCGACUUGUGACGGCCGGCCGCCAAACAACCUGCCCACUUGACCCUAUACCCUCCUCUCUUCUCCAGACCAUUUCCGGAGACAUUCUCCCUUACCUCACCUCGCUCAUCAACUCAUCCUUGACCGCUGGCUAUGUCCCUUCCGUCUUCAAGAGAGCGAGAGUUGCACCCCUUCUCAAAAAACCUACACUCGAUCCCUCCGAUGUCAACAACUACAGACCAGUAUCCCUUCUUUCUUUUCUCUCCAAAACUCUUGAGCGUGCCGUCUUUAGCCAACUCUCUUGCUAUCUCUCUCAGAAUGACCUUCUUGAUCCAAACCAGUCAGGUUUCAAGACUGGUCAUUCAACUGAGACUGCUCUUCUCUGUGACUCGGAGGCUCUCCGCACUGCUAAAGCUAACUCUCUCUCCUCUGCUCUCGUCCUUCUAGACCUAUCUGCUGCCUUUGAUACUGUGAACCAUCAGAUCCUCCUCUCCACCCUCUCCGAGUUGGGCAUCUCCGGCGCGGCUCACUCUUGGAUUGCGUCCUACCUGACAGGUCGCUCCUACCAGGUGGCGUGGCGAGAAUCUGUCUCCGCACCACGUUCUCUCACCACUGGUGUCCCCCAGGGCUCAGUUCUAGGCCCUCUCCUAUUCUCGCUAUACACCAAGUCACUUGGCUUUGUCAUAUCCUCACAUGGCCUCUCCUAUCAUUGCUACGCAGACGACACACAAUUAAUCUUCUCCUUUCCCCCUUCUGAUAACCAGGUGGCGAAUCGCAUCUCUGCAUGUCUGGCAGACAUAUCAGUGUGGAUGACGGAUCACCACCUCAAGCUGAACCUCGGCAAGACGGAGCUGCUCUUCCUCCCGGGGAAGGACUGCCCGUUCCAUGAUCUCGCCAUCACGUUUGACAACUCCGUUGUGUCCUCCUCCCAGAGUGCAAAGAGCCUUGGCGUGACCCUGGACAACACCCUGUCAUUCUCCGCUAACAUCAAGGCGGUGACCCGAUCCUGCAGGUUCAUGCUCUACAACAUUCGCAGAGUACGACCCUGCCUUACACAGGAAGCGGCACAGGUCCUAAUCCAGGCACUUGUCAUCUCCCAUCUGGAUUACUGCAACUCGCUGUUGGCUGGGCUCCCUGCCUGUGCCAUUAAACCCCUACAACUCAUCCAGAACACCGCAGCCCGUCUGGUGUUCAACCAUCCCAAGUUCUCUCACGUCACCCCGCUCCUCCGCACACACCACUGGCUUCCAGUUGAAGCUCGCAUCUGCUACAAGACCAUGGUGCUUGCCUACGGAGCUGUGAGGGGAACGGCACCUCCGUACCUUCAGGCUCUGAUCAGUCCCUACACCCAAACGAGGGCAUUGUGUUCAUCCACCUCUGGCCUGCUGGCCCCCCUACCUCUGCGGAAGCACAGUUCCCGCUCAGCCCAGUCAAAACUGUUCGCUGCUCUGGCACCCUAAUGGUGGAAAAAGCUCCCUCACGACGCCAGGACAGCGGAGUCACUCACCACCUUCCGGAGACACUUGAAACCCCCUCCUCUUUAAGGAAUACCUGGGAUAGGAUAAAGUAAUCAUUCUACCCCCCCUUACCCCACCCCAAAGAUUUUUUUUUUAAUAAUAAUAAUAAUAUUGUAAAGUGGUUGUCCCACUGGCUAUCAUAAGGUGAAUGCACCAAUUUAUAAGUCGCUCUGGAUAAGAGCGUCUGCUAAAUGACGAAAAUUUAAAAAUUUAAAUGGAAGGUAAACAUCCGUCCCAGUCUCAAAUCUCUGGAAGACUGAAACAGGUUUCCCUCAAGAAUUUCCCUAUAUUUAGCGCCAUCCAUCAUUCCUUCAAUUCUGACCAGUUUCCCUGCCGAUGAAAAACAUCCCCACAGCAUGAUGCUGCCACCACCAUGCUUCACUGUGGGGAUGGUGUUCUAGGGGUGAUGAGAGGUGUUGGGUUUGCACCAGACAUAGCGUUUUCCUUGAUGGCCAAUAUGCUCAAUUUUAGUCUCAUCUGACCACAGUACCUUCUUCCAUAUGUUUGGGUAGCCCCCAAAUGCCUUUUGGCAAACACCAAACGUAUUUGCUUAUUUUUUUCUUUAAGCAAUGGCUUUUUUCUGGCCACUCUUCCGUAAAGCCCAGCUCUGUGGAGUGUAUGGCUGAAAGUGGUCCUAUGGACAGAUACUCCAAUCUCCGCUGUGGAGCUUUGCAGCUCCUUCAGGGUUAUCUUUGGUCUCUUUGUUGCCUCUCUGAUGAAUGCCCUCCUUGCCUGGUCCUUGUGUUUUGGUGGGCGGUCCUCUCUUGGCAGGUUUGUUGUGGUGCCAUAUUCUUUCAAUUUUUUAAUAAUGGAUUUAAAUGGUGCUCCAUGGGAUGUUCAAAGUUUCUGAUCUGUGCUUCUCCACAACUUUGAUCCUGACCAGUUUGGAGAGCUCCUUGGUCUUCAUGGUGCCGCUUGCUUGGUGGUGCCCCUUGCUUAGUGGUGUUGCAGAACAGGUGUAUAUAUACUGAGAUCAUGUGACAGAUCAUGUGACACUUAGAUUGCACACAGGUGGACUUUAUUUAACUAAUUGUGUGACUUCUGAAGGUAAUUGGUUGCACCAGAUCUUAUUUAGGGGCUUCAUAGCAAAGGGGGUGAAUACCUAUGCACGCACCACUUUUCCGUUAUUUAUUUUUUAGAUUGUUUUUUUAACAAGUAAUUUUUUUUCAUUCCACUUCACCAAUUUUGACUAUUUUGUGUAUGUCCAUUACAUGAAAUGCAAAUAAAAAUCCAUUUAAAUUACAGGUUGUAAUGCAACAAAAUAGGAAAAACACCAAAAGGGGAUGAAUACUUUUACAAAGCACUGUAUGCCACACAGCUAUAUGGUUGUACAGUAUGUUGCUACUAAGCUACAUAAGCAGGUUGUAUGUUGCACGUGUCUAACGAUUAGCUGUGUCUUGUUAUGUUGCAGCGCCUCGGUUCCUCAUCACCUCCACGGGAGCACUGUACAUCCUGGACGUGCAGAAUGAGGAUGGAUUGUAUAACUACAGGUGUAUGACACGCCACCGCUACACGGGAGAGACCAGGCAGAGCAACAGCGCACGCCUCUUUGUUUCAGGUAUGCAGAGUGACAGUACGGCUUGGAUACCCGUCUGUUGUGCAAGUUUGGGCAAGUUUGGGUGCCAAUGAUAGCCUGGAAUACACUCUGAAUAUCACUAGGUUUCACUAUUGUUUCACUUCAAUCCUUCAAUCUGGACCUGCUUCAAGCUAGUCAACUGAGUAUUGCUAAAAAUGCAUACUUUUGACCAAAAUAUUGAAUCCAUCUCACCUUUGGCCAUUGUUCCUCCCUCAGACCCUUCCAACUCGGCGCCGGUCAUCCUGGAUGGCUUUGAGCGUCGUGAGGUGAUGACAUCACACCGGGUGGAGCUGCCUUGCAAGGCGUCUGGUCAUCCAGCCCCCAAGUACCGCUGGCUGAAGGACAACCGACCGCUGGAGCCGGACAGCCGCUUCAGGCAGAGUGUGACGGGGCUGCUGAUAGAGAGGGCGCAGCCCAGCGACAAGGGAAGCUACGUGUGUGAGGUGUGGAACAGCUAUGGCAACGCCGAGGUGGUGGGGAGGCUGCAGGUCAAAGGUCAGUAAUAGACUGUGUGCAGCAUGUUGUGCUAAAUGUACAGUAUGUUUGUUGUUAAUGUGUAUCUGAGAUACUGUUUGUCUUUGGAGUUUAAAAUCCAUUUUAGAGUUGCUCCUUUUUUAGCUGAUAUACAGUAUGUCCAAUUGCCAAGAGAGUCUAAGCCCCCUCUCCCUCUACCAGAGCCCCUGAAGGCAGUGGUCAGCCCAAAAAAGGUGAAAGGCAGCGUGGGUAGCCAGGUGUCUCUGUCGUGCAGCGUGAGUGGCUCGGAGGAGUACGAGCUGUCCUGGUACCGGAAUGGAGAAAUUAUCUACCCUGGGAACAGUGUUCGCAUGACUGGCAACAACCGGGAGAACCUGAUCAUGGCUGGGAUGGCUAAGAGUGAUGGAGGAGCCUACCAGUGCUUCGCUAGGAAAAGCAAGAUGUCCGCCCAGGACUUUGUCCAGGUCAUCCUGGAAGGUCAGUACUCUCAGUGGAUGUCUGUUUGGUCAGGGGGUUAGCAAUGUUACUUUCAAUCACAGCAGAGAACCUCUCUGAAUGUGUGUUUUUGUGUUUGUGUAUUUGUAUGUUUUUAGUGUGUAUGUGCAUGUGAGCAAUGUGUGACCAUGCACUUCCUGACGGGCCGCCCCCAGGUGGUAAGGGUAGGUAACAACACUUCUGCCACGCUGCCACUCAAUACGGGGGCCCCUCAGGGGUGCGUGCUCAGUCCCCUCCUGUACUCCAUGUUCACCCAUGACUGCAUGGCCAAGCACGACUCCAACACCAUCAUUAAGUUUACCGAUGACACAACAGUGGUAGGCCUGAUCACCGACAACGAUGAGACAGCCUAUAAGGAGGAGGUCAGAGACCUGGCCGUGUGGUGCCAGGAUAACAACCUCUCCCUCAACGUGAUCAAGACAAAGGAGAUGAUUGUGGACUACAGGGAAAGGAGGACCGAGCACGCCCCCAUUCUCAUCGACUGGGCUGUAGUGGAGCAGGUUGAGAGCUUCAAGUUCCUUGGUGUCCACAUCACCAAAAAAACUAUCUUGGUCCAAACACACCAAGACAGUUGUGAAGAGGGCACGACAAAGCCUAUUCCCCCUCAGGAGACUGAAAAGAUUUGGCAUGGGUCCUCAGAUCCUCAAAAAGUUAUACAGCUGCACCGUCGAGAGCAUCCUGACUGGUUGCAUCACCGCCUGGUAUGGCAACUGCUCGGCCUCCGACCGCAAGGCACUACAGAGGGUAGUGCGUACGGCUCAGUACAUCACUGAGGCCAAGCUUCCUGCCAUCCAGAUCCUCUAUACCAGGCGGUGUCAGAGGAAGGCCCUAAACAUUGCCAAAGUCUCCAGCCACCCUAGUCAUAGACUGUUCUCUCUGCUACCGCACGGCAAGCAGUACCGGAGUCUAGAUCCAAAAUGCCUCUUAACAGCUUCUACCCACAAGCCAUAAGACUCCUGAACAGCUAAUCAAAUGGCUACCCAGGCGAUUUGCAUUGUCCCCCCCCCCCCCCACACCCCCUCUUUUUAUGCUGCUGCUACUCUCUGUUUAUUAUCUAUGCAUAGCCACUUUACCUCUACCCACAUGUACAUAUUACCUCAAUUACCUCGACUAACCUGUGCCCCCGCACAUUGACUCUGUACCGGUACCACUUGUAUAUAGCCUUGCUACUGUUAUUUUACUGCUGCUCUUUAAUUAUUUGUUUUUUUUCUUUUUUUCUUUUUUAUAUUUACUUACCUCUAUUUUACUUAACACUUAUUUUUCUUAAAACUGCAUUGUUGGUUAAGGGCUUGUAAGUAAGCAUUUCACUGUAAGGUCUACACCUGUUGUAUUCGGCGCAUGUGACAAAUAACAUUUUAUUUUAUUUUAUCUGUGUGUGAGUGUCCAUGCAUGUGAGUGUGUGCUUGCCUGCAUGUGUUUUUAUUUGUGUUUGUGUGACUGCAGAAUUGGGGAGCACCAACCAUUGAUCAGGCGUUCGUGCGUGAGUGCGCGCGUGCGUGCGUGUGCUAAUGAGGGCUGCAGUAAAGCCCUGCCACAGCCCCUAUGAUUAGAUUAUCUGAACGAGCCUCACAUUGCUCGCAUGCCCUGAACUCCGUUGCUGCGGCAACUGUCUCCCGUGGCCAUGGACCAGUAUAAAGAGGGUAUUGAUAAUCUAUAAUGAUGAGGAGGAGGAGGGGGAGGAGGAGUAAGAACAAUUCCAAAUCUUCAGGAAACACUUCAGGAAACAGCAGAGGGUGCAUCCCCUAUCCACAUCGACGGUACCGCAGUGGAGAAGGUGGAAAGAUUCAAGUUCCUUGGCGUACACAUCACUGACAAACUGAAAUGGUCCACCCACGCAGACAGUGUGGUGAAGAAGGCACAACAGAGCCUCUUCAACAUCAGGAGGCUGAAUAAAUUUGGCUUGGCACCUAAAACCCUCACAAACGUUUACAGAUGCACAAUUGAGAGCAUCCUGUCAGGCUAUAUCACCGCCUGGUACGGCAACUGCACCGCCCGCAACCGCAGGGCUCUCCAGAGGGUGGUGCGGUCUGCUGAACGCAUUACCGGGGGCAAACUACCCGCUCUCCAAGACACCUACAGCACCCGAUGUCAUAGGAAGGCCAAAAAGAUCAUCAAGGACAUCAACCACCCGAGCCACUGCCUGUUCACCCCGCUAUCAUCCAGAAGGCGAGGUCAGUACAGGUGCAUCAAAGCUGGGACCGAGAGAAUGAAAAACAGCUUCUAUCUCAAGGCAAUCAGACUGUUAAAUAGCCAUCACUAGCACAUUAGAAGCUGCUGCUGCUGCCUAUUGAAAUCACUGGCCACUUUAAGAAAUGGAACACUAGUCACUUUAAUAAUGUUUACAUAUCUUGCACUACUCAUCUCAUAUGUAUAUACUGUAUUCUAUUCUAUAAUAUUCUACUGUAUCUUAGUCCAUGCCGCUCUGUCAUUGCUUGUCCAUAUAUGUAUAUAUUCUUAAAUUCCAUUCCUUACUAGAUUUGUGUGUAUUGGGUAUAUGUUGUGAAAUUGUUAGAUAUUACUUGUUAGAUAUUACUGCACUGUCGGAGCUAGAAGCACAAACAUUUCACUACACCCAAAUUUGAUUUGAUUUGAAAUAAUUUCUCCACUCUGUUCUCUCACUGAAUUCCAUACAGUAUAUGGAAAUAUACAGUAUUAGCCUGAAUGGACACUGUAUGUGCUCAUUAUGAUCCCUUCAUGCAUGUGACUUGAGGUCAGCAGUUUUUUUUAUCCCUGAACUACUGUAAUAGAAAUUGUAAGGCAAUGAAUGCUCCUUUUAUACAUUCCAGAUACAGUGGGGGGGAAAAGUAUUUAGUCAGCCACCAAUUGUGCAAGUUCUCCCACUUAAAAAGAUGAGAGAGGCCUGUAAUUUUCAUCAUAGGUACACGUCAACUAUGACAGACAAAAUGAGAAAUAAAAAUCCAGAAAAUCACAUUGUAGGAUUUUUAAUGAAUUUAUUUGCAAAUUAUGGUGGAAAAUAAGUAUUUGGUCAAUAACAAAAGUUUCUCAAUACUUUGUUAUAUACCCUUUGUUGGCAAUGACACAGGUCAAACGUUUUCUGUAAGUCUUCACAAGGUUUUCACACACUGUUGCUGGUAUUUUGGCCCAUUCCUCCAUGCAGAUCUCCUCUAGAGCAGUGAUGUUUUGGGGCUGUCGCUGGGCAACACGGACUUUCAACUCCCUCCAAAGAUUUUCUAUGGGGUUGAGAUCUGGAGACUGGCUAGGCCACUCCAGGACCUUGAAAUGCUUCUUACGAAGCCACUCCUUCAUUGCCCGGGCGGUGUGUUUGGGAUCAUUGUCAUGCUGAAAGACCCAGCCACGUUUCAUCUUCAAUGCCCUUGCUGAUGGAAGGAGGUUUUCACUCAAAAUCUCACGAUACAUGGCCCCAUUCAUUCUUUCCUUUACACGGAUCAGUCGUCCUGGUCCCUUUGCAGAAAAACAGCCCCAAAGCAUGAUGUUUCCACCCCCAUGCUUCACAGUAGGUAUGGUGUUCUUUGGAUGCAACUCAGCAUUCUUUGUCCUCCAAACACGACGAGUUGAGUUUUUACCAAAAAGUUCUAUUUUGGUUUCAUCUGACCAUAUGACAUUCUCCCAAUCCUCUUCUGGAUCAUCCAAAUGCACUCUAGCAAACUUCAGACGCAGGGAGACACGUCUGGCACUGCAGGAUUUGAGUCCCUGGCGGCGUAGUGUGUUACUGAUGGUAGGCUUUGUUACUUUGGUCCCAGCUCUCUGCAGGUCAUUCACUAGGUCCCCCCGUGUGGUUCUGGGAUUUUUGCUCACCGUUCUUGUGAUCAUUUUGACUCCACGGGGUGAGAUCUUGCGUGGAGCCCCAGAUCGAGGGAGAUUAUCAGUGGUCUUGUAUGUCUUCCAUUUCCUAAUAAUUGCUCCCACAGUUGAUUUCUUCAAACCAAGCUGCUUACCUAUUGCAGAUUCAGUCUUCCCAGUCUGGUGCAGGUCUACAAUUUUGUUUCUGGUGUCCUUUGACAGCUCUUUGGUCUUGGCCAUAGUGGAGUUUGGAGUGUGACUGUUUGAGGUUGUGGACAGGUGUCUUUUAUACUGAUAACAAGUUCAAACAGGUGCUAUUAAUACAGGUAACGAGUGGAGGACAGAGGAGCCUCUUAAAGAAGAAGUUACAGGUCUGUGAGAGCCAGAAAUCUUGCUUGUUUGUAGGUGACCAAAUACUUAUUUUCCACCAUAAUUUGCAAAUAAAUUCAUAAAAAAUCCUACAAUGUGAUUUUCUGGAUUUUUUUUCUUCUUAAUUUGUCUGUCAUAGUUGACGUGUACCUAUGAUGAAAAUUACAGGCCUCUCUCAUCUUUUUAAGUGGGAGAACUUGCACAAUUGGUGGCUAACUAAAUACUUUUUUCCCCCACUGUAUACUAGACAUAGAUCUAGGAUCAGCCGACCCAAACCUGAUCCUCACCUUGACCUUAAAGGAAAACUCCACCCAAAAACGAUAUUUUAGUAUUUGUUUCAUUAGUCCAUUUAUUUUUUUUAUUUUUUUUUUAGGGGGUAGAUCAGCGUUAAUAUUGCAGAUAGAUUGUAACUUCCAUCAAUGUAAUUGUCUGCAUCACUUCCAAUCCACCAUAUGUUUUUUUUGUGUUUUUUUUCUCGCAUAUACAUUAGUCCAUUGUUGAUAUAGUCCCAACAUGUUUUGCUUGUCAGCAAUCAAGUUUUCAAGAUAUGUAACUUUCAAAAUACAGAAAUAUGACCUGUAUGAUGCUGACAAGCAAAACAUUUUGGGACCAUAUCAACAAUGGACCGAUGAAACAAAUACCAAAAGAUACUGUUGUUUUUGGGUGGAAUUUUCCUUUAAGGGGGAUAAAAUGCAGCUGACCUUAGAUUGGUAUCUAGAUCUACUAGAAAAAGCCUCUUUAACUCUAACACACCUCCCAUCUUGUCUCCCUCUCCCCCUCUCUCCAGACGGCACGCCCAAGAUCAUCUCCUCCUUCAGUGAAAAAGUGUUUGGAACCAACGAGUUUGUGUCACUGUUCUGCACGGUGAAAGGCACGCCGGAGCCCAGGGUGACGUGGACGCUGGACGACGAUCCGGUUAUCAGGAACUCCCGCCACCGCAUCGGCCACUACACCAACCAGGAGGGCCAUGUGAUCAGCCACCUGAACAUCAGCCAGACAACAGGGCCGGACGGGGGCGUCUACAGGUGCAUCUGCAACAAUUCGGCCGGGGCGGUCUCCUACCAGGCGCGAAUAAACGUAAGAGGUGCUUGUCAGAUCAGCUCCUCCAAAACAAUUACAUUUUACACAUGUUUAUGAAUUCAUUUGUUGUUGAUGUUUUUGUUGUUUUUUCUGAUGCAUGAGCUCCUUUGAGAGUGCCUGACUAACAUCUUUUGAGCUCGUUUUAGGGUCUCCUUGUUGGUUGUGUGUGUGUUGUGUGUGUGUUGUUUCGUUCCUUCUUGUUUUGUUUAUGUAUGUCACAAAUAUGUGUAUGUGUGUACAUGUGUGUCUGUGUUUUUGUACGUGUGUGUGUGUGUUUCUGACUCUGUGUGUGUCUCUGUGUGAGCGUGUUCUAUCUGGUCUGUUUUCCCCAACGGUCGUUCUGUCUGUGUCGAUGUGGGUAUCUUUGUGUCUGUACCCAUCGUUUUCCUUUUGCUUUAAUUUCCUAUUCAAAACAUGCUAGAUUAUCCUAGGGAAUCGUCUAGUGCUGCGAUCAUCACUCACUGGUGUCAGCGGUAACUUCUCUAAUGCCCUACUCCCUACCUAACAUCCGCUGAUGGCUUUAUAUUGGGACGCCAUUAAGUUGAUUUACACUAGCACUAGCAUAUGACUGAGGAGCAAUCUACACUCAGCAGGGAAGUGCCAGGCAGCUCUAUAGCCAGCUACUGUAGGACUGACUGUCACCAUGGUUACUGGGGGUAUCUAGACUAGAGACUCCAGGCCCUCCAUCCUCCACUCAAUGCUAAUUCAUUACCUUAUAAAGGCUCAAAACAGAGAAGGAUAGGCCUAUGGCCUGUGUUACGGAUUGGAUAACUCAUUUUAAUGGUUUUCCCACUGGAAAGCACCAUGUUGUAGCUAAGCAUGGGCUUCUUGAGGGGAUGCUAAAGUCUCCAGUUCAGUAGGCUAGCUAACCUAGCGCAGAACAGAGCUGAGCUGAGCUGAGCAGAGCGUCCAUGGCUUCUGAAUGCAGCCUGAGCGUAGAAGAUAAAUAUCAACAGGUGCCAUUGCAGAGACAGUGUAAUGACUGUCUCUCGCAUCAUUGGCUUCUUAAUCAUGCUAAAGAGAGUAGCAACGUGGAUGCCUGUACAGUGCACUAGAGGUGCACACCACCACAGAUUUAGUUCAACUGUGUUCUAUCCAGCUACAGUCUCUAACUCUAGAUUUGUACAUUUCUGUCAAGUGUUAGUUUUCCUAUGGCUCCUAUUGGCAAUACAGGAUGGAUUGGGUAACUGUCGUCUAUCUACAGUAUGUUAAAUAUCCUAAUAGUCAGUCAGUAUCCCUGGUAGGGUCUGUAUUAUAGAGCUGUGUUGGUUACAUGCUGUUGGUUUUCCGGCAGUGUGAGAGAGAGAGCAGGGGGAACAUGAGUAAUGCUUUUGAUAAGAGGUUCAUAAGUGGAGAGUGGGAACAUUGUACUCUAAUGCUUGUCAAACGCAAUCAUGCCUGGUGUCUAGCAGGUUCUAGAACAGUGUGAUAAUAUUCACUUCACCUCUGAGAGUUUAAAAUAGGAAAGUAGGAACACCCCCUCUGGAACACUCAGCUAUGGAUAGGUCCCAGUGAUGAGGAACUAGGGUGAUUUUAUAUUACUAUUAUUCAAUGAGACUAUAGAGAUGUGUUUGUUUAUGUAAAUUAUUGCCUUUUAUUUCCUAAUUACAGGAAAAAAGAGGUGUUGAUAUUAUACUAAUAGUAGGAUAUCGUAGUCAGGCAGUUAACAAAUCCCAAAGGAAGAUAUUAUUUUAAUAUGCGUUGCAAUAUCCAAUAAAUGUUGUCCUUGUCUUUCAGAAUUAAUCCUUGUCUGUGUCCAUGGUUUCUGACACACUUAAACAUCUCAAACUUCUAAAGUUUCACAUUUCUCAGCCUCAAAAUCAUUUUAAGAGAGGUAUUUCUCUUCUGUCUCCAUUAAGGGCCUGCCAGCAUAAGACCAAUGAAAAACCUCACCGCCAUUGCUGGGCGGGACAUGUACAUUCACUGCCGCGUCAUUGGCUACCCGUACUACUCCAUCAAGUGGCACAAGGACGCCAACCUGCUCCCCUAUAACCACCGGCAGCGGGCGUUUGAGAACAAUGGCACGCUAAAGCUGUAUGAUGUACAGAAGGAUGUGGAUGAGGGAGAGUACACGUGUAGCGUGCUGGUCUCACCUUCUCUUUCCACCAGCCAAAGUGUGCACGUCAGUGUGAAAGGUACAGUAUGCACUCAAACCUUUAACCUACUCAGUUAAAGAUAAUUUAUAAGCCAGGGGUUCUCAACCUGUAGAGCUAGAUGCUACAUUCAUAACCAAGUGGCACGGUGGUAAUUACCAGUUGUGAGGUCGUAAAUUCAGGCAAUGGCAUUUGGAAUUUGAUACCAGCAACACUCCGGUUGCCAGCUUACGUCCAGAGUUUUCCUAUCAGACCUGGGAUUCGAACUGGCAACUCUCCGGUUGCUGACUCGACACUCUAACAGCUAGGCUAUCACCCGCCCCGCCAACACACAUGAUUCUACUACAGUCGUGGUCAAAAGUUUUGAGAAUGACAAGUAUUGGUCUUCACAAAGUUUGCUGCUUCAGUGUUUUUAGAUAUUUUUGUCAGAUGUUACUAUGGUAUACUGAAGUAUAAUUACAAGCGUUCCAUAAGUGUCAAAGGCUUCUAUUGACAAUUACAUUAAGUUUAUGCAAAGAAUCAAUAUUUGCAGUGUUGACGCUUCUUUUUCAAGACCUCUGCAAUCCGCCCUGGCAUGCUGUCAAUUAACUUUUGGCCACAUCCUGACCGAUGGCAGCCCAUUCUUGCAUAAUCAAUGCUUGGAGUUUGUCAGAAUUUGUGGGUUUUUGUUUGUCCACCCGCCUCUUGAGGAUUGACCACAAAUUCAAUGGGAUUAAGGUCUGGGGAGUUUCUUGGCCAUGGACCCAACAUUUUGAUGUUUUGUUCCCCGAGCCACUUAGUUAUCACGUUUGCCUUAUGGCAAGGUGCUCCAUCAUGCUGGAAAAGGCAUUGUUUGUCACCAAACUGUUCUUGGAUGGUUGGGAGAAGUUGCUCUUGGAGGAUGUGUUAGUACCAUUCUUUAAUCAUGGCUGUGUUCUUAGGCAAAAUUGUGAGUGAGCCCACUACCUUGGCUGAGAAGCAACCCCACACAUGAAUGGUCUCAGGAUGCUUUACUGUUGGCAUGACACAGGACUGAUGGUAGCGCUCACCUUGUCUUCUUCGGACAAGCUUUUUUCCGGAUGCCCCAAACAAUCGGAAAGGGGAUUCAUCAGAGAAAAUGACUUUACCCCAGUCCUCAGCAGUCCUUACCCUGUACCUUUUGCAGAAUAUCAGUCUGUCCCUGAUGUUUUUCCUGGAGAGAAGUGGCUUCCUCGCUGCCCUUCUUGACACCAGGCCAUCCUCCAAAAGUCUUCGCCUCACUGUGUGUGCAGAUGCACUCACACCUGCCUGCUGCCAUUCCUGAGCAAGCUCUGCACUGGUGGUGCCCCGAUCCCGCAGCUGAAUCAACUUUAGGAGACGGUCCUGGCGCUUGCUGGACUUUUUGGCCGCCGUGAAGCCUUCUUCACAACAAUUGAACCUCUCUCCUUGAAGUUCUUGAUGAUCCGAUAAAUGGUUGAGUUAGGUGCAAUCUUACUAGCAGCAAUAUCCUUGCCUGUGAAGCCCUUUUUGUGCAAAGCAAUGAUGACGGCACGUGUUUCCUUGCAGGUAACCAUGGUUAACAGAGGAAGAACAAUGAUUUCAAGCACCACCCUCCUUUUAAAGCUUCCAGUCUGUUAUUCUAACUCAAUCAGCAUGACAGAGUGAUCUCCAGCCUUGUCCUCGUCAACACUCUCACCUGUGUUAACGAGAGAAUCACUGACAUGAUGUCAGCUGGUCCUUUUGUGGCAGGGCUGAAAUGCAGUGGAAAUGUUUUUUUGGGAUUAAGUUAAUUUUCAUGGCAAAGAGGGACUUUGCAAUUAAUUGCAAUUCAUCUGAUCACUCUUCAUAACAUUCUGGAGUAUAUACAAAUUGCCAUCAUAACUGAGGCAGCAGACUUUGUGAAAAUUAAUAUUUGUGUAAUUCUCAACUUUUGACCACGACUGUACUCAUUAGCUGCGCAUCAGGAUCUUGAUUUGCUGAAUCAAGUGUGUUACAGCCUCUGGUAUAGGCACUUAACAGAUAUAUGCCAUAAUCAGUAAAAGGUAUGGCUCCUAUAAUCAAAUCAAAUUGUAUUUGUCACAUGCUUCGUAAACAACAGGUGUAGACUAUCAGUGAAAUGCUUACUUACGUGCCCUUCCCAACAAUGCAGAGAGACAAAUCUAAAAAUAAUAGAAAAAUAAAUAAAUACACAAUGAGUAAUGAUAACUUGGCUAUAUAGACGGUGAAAAAGAGCGCCACCAUGUGGUGGUCUCUGAUAGAGGUGCAGGUUUAGAUAUAGAUGCAACUGCCCCAGCGUCCCGGUAAGAGGACGGAAAAUGACCGGUAGGAGACAGGGAUACAAUUUCCACUUUAUUGCCACAUUCAAGACAGGCACACACACACACACACACACACACACACACACACACACACACACACACACACACACACACACACACACACACACAGGAAGUGGACUAGGUGGAAGUGUUGUAGUGAUAGUGGUUUGUAGGUCAGUGACACACAACACCAGCGUGUGUUGGGAGAGUCCAGGGCUGCAGGAGAAAUGGUCAAUGAGUUGUGUCCCAGCUGUUGAUGUGCAGGGCAGAGGUUUAUGCUCCUCACUGCCACUGCUUGCUGAAGACUUAACCUGGACUGGACUGUGUUUUUAUACUUGUCCUGGUCCCACCUGCCUAGUGGAGAGAUGCCCUGAGGAGAUAAUAUAUGAUAUGCCAUUUAGCAGACGCUUUUAUCCAAAGCGACUUACAGUCAUGCGUGCAUACAUUAUUUUUUUGUGUAUGGGUGGUCCCGGGGAUCGAACCCACUACCCUGGCGUUACAAGCGCCGUGCUCUACCAGCUGAGCUACAGAGGACCACUAUGCAGGUGGGCAGGGUCAAAGGUGGUGAUGGGCAGUCAAAUGUCCUAAUCAGAGGUCACUGGUUGUGGCAUGUAACUGGAGCGCUCCAGAGGUGCAAACAGAGUAGCCUGUAAACAAUGGGAACCCAUCCCCCGCCUCUGCUCUCUGCAGGGUCAGGGAGUCAGGCAGAGUUAGGUAGGCUACUUGUUUCAAGAGUUAGAGGGCUAUGAGUUAGUUCAUGAGAGGGACUGUGUCACGUGAUAUGCAUACAUGUUUAUUUAUAUUGAAUAAACACCACGACAAAACAACAAAUGAAACGAAUACGUGAAGUCCAAGGUAGCACACAAACAACAUACCUUACACGGAACAAGAUCCCACAACCCACUAGUGCCAAUAGGCAAUAGAUCUACACAUUCUAGAUCUAAACAUAGAAAAUCAACAUAGCAAAACACAACACAGAAAAUACACACCCUGACUCAACAAAUACGAGUCCCCUGAGUCAGGGCGUGACAGACUGUAUUGGUAUUCUACCUACGGGGUACCAGUACUGUGUCGGUGUGCAAGGGUACAAGGUAAUUGCGGUAGAUAUGUAUGUAUCAAAAUCAAAUGUUAUUGGUCACAUAUACAUAUUUAGCAGAUAUUAUUGUGGGUGUAGGGAAAUGCUUGUGUUUCUAGCUCCAGCACUGCAGUAGUAUCUAACAAUUCACAACACAUCUCAAAGGAAAAUAAUGGAAUUAAGAAAUAUAUAAAUAUUAGGACGAGCAAUAUUGGAAUGGCAUUGACUAGAAUACAGUAGAAUUCUGUAUUCGGAAAGUAUUCAGACCCCUUUACUUUUUCCACAUUUUGUUAGGUUACAGCCUUAUUCUAAAAUUGAUGAAAUCGUUUUUUCCCCUCAUCAAUCUACACAUUAUACCACAGAAUGACAAAGCAAAAACAAGUUUUUAUAAAUUUUUAUAAUUUAUUUAAAAUAAAAAACUAAUCACAUUUACAUAAGUAUUCAGACCCUUUACUCAGUACUUUGUUGAAGCACCUUUUUGCAGCGAUUACAGCCUCGAGUCUUCUUGGGUAUGACGCUACAAGCUUGCCACAACUGUAUUUGGGGAGUUUUUCCCAUUCUUCUCUGCAGAUACUCUCAAGCUCUGUCAGGUUGGAUGGGGAGCGUUGCUGCACAGCUAUUUUCAGGUCUCUCAAGAGAUGUUAGAUCGGGUUCAAGUCCGGGCUCUGGCUGGGCCACUCAAGGACUUUCAGAGACAUGUCUUGAAGCCACUCCUGCGUUGUCUUGGCUGUGUGCUUAGGGUCAUUGUCCUGUUGGAAGGUGAACCUUCGCCCCAGUCUGGAGCAGGUUUUCAUCAAGGAUCUGUACUUUGCUGCCUUCAUCUUUGCCUCGAUCCAAGCCAAAUUUCUUCAGCCUCCUGAGGUUGAAGAGGUGCUGUUGCCUUUUCUUCACCACACUGUCUGUGUGGGUGGACCAUUUCAGAUUUUCAGUGAUGUGUAUGCCGAGGAACUUGAAGCUUUUCACCUUCUCCACUGCGGUCCAGUCUGCUGUCUCCUGAAGUCCACGAUCAGCUCCUUCAUUUUGUUGACGUUGAGGGAGAGGUUAUUUUCCUGGCACCACUCCGCCAGGGCCCUCACCACCUCCCUGGAGGCUGUCUCGUCAUUGUUGGUAAUCAGGCCUACUACUGUUGUGUAGGGAUAGGUAGGGAUAAAGUGUCUAGGCAACAGGAUAAAUAAUAUCAAUCAAAUUCAAUCAAAUGUAUUUAUAAAGCCCUUUUUACAUCAGCAGAUGUCACAAAGUGCUAUACAGAAACCCAGCCUAAAACCCCAAACAGCAACCAAUGCAGAUGUAGAAGCAUGGUGGCUAGGAAAAACUCCCUAGAAAGGCUGAAACCUAGAGAGGAACCAGGCUGUGAGGGGUGGCCAGUCCCCUUCUGGCUGUACCGGAUGGAGAUUAUAACAGUACAUGGCCAUUAAGGCCAGAUUUUUCUCCAAGAUGUUCAAACAUUCAUAGAUCACCAGCAGGGUCAAAUAAUAAUCACAGUGUUUGUAGAGGUUGCAACAGGUCAGUACAUCAGGAGUAAAUGUCACUUGGCUUUUCAUAGCCGGGCAUUUAGAGGUUGAAAUAGCAGGUGCGGUAGAGAAAGAGAGUUGAAAACAGCAGGUCUGGGACAAGGUAGCACGUCCGGUGAACAGGUCAGGGUUCCAUAGCCGCAGGCAGAAGAGUUGAAACUGGAGCAGCAGCACUACCAGGUGGACUGGGAACAGCAAGGAGUCAUCAGGCCAGGUAGUCCUGAGGCAUGGUCCUAGGGCUCAGGUCCUCUGGGAGGGGAGGGAGAGAGCGAGAAUUAGAGGGAGCAUACUUAAAUUCUCACAGGACACCAGAUAAGACAGGAGAAUAACACCAGAUAUAACAGACUGACCCUAGCCCCCGGCACAUAGACAAUUGCAGCAUAGAUACUGGAGGCUGAGACAGUAGCAGCAGCGUAUGUGAUGAGUCAAAAGAGUUAGUGUAAAAAGGGUCAAUGCAGAUAGUCCAGGUAGCUAUUUGGUUAACUAUUUAGCAGUUUUAUGGCUUAGGGGUAGAAGCUGUACAGGGUCCUGUUCAAUCCAGACUUGGUGCAUCUGUACCGCUUGCCGUGCGGUAGCAGAGAGAACUGUCUACAGUGAGGGGAAAAAAGUAUUUGAUCCCCUGCUGAUUUUGUACGUUUGCCCACUGACAAAGACAUGAUCAGUCUAUAAUUGUAAUGGUAGGUUUAUUUGAACAGUGAGAGACAGAAUAACAACAACAAAAUCCAGAAAAACGCAUGUCAAAAAUGAUAUAAAUUGAUUUGCAUUUUAAUGAGGGAAAUAAGUAUUUGACCCCUCUGCAAAACAUGACUUAGUACUUGGUGGCAAAACCCUUGUUGGCAAUCACAGAGGUCAGACGUUUCUUGUAGUUGGCCACCAGGUUUGCACACAUCUCAGGAGGGAUUUUGUCCCACUCCUCUUUGCAGAUCUUCUCCAAGUCAUUAAGGUUUCGAGGCAACUCGAACCUUCAGCUCCCUCCACAGAUUUUCUAUGGGAUUAAGGUCUGGAGAGUGGCUAGGCCACUCCAGGACCUUAAUGUGCUUCUUCUUGAGACACUCCUUUGUUGCCUUGGCUGUGUGUUUUGGGUCAUUGUCAUGCUGGAAUACCCAUCCAUGACCCAUUUUCAAUGCCCUGGCUGAGGGAAGGAGGUUCUCACCCAAGAUUUGAUGGUACAUGGCCCCGUCCAUCGUCCCUUUGAUGCGGUUAAGUUGUCCUGUCCCCUUAGCAGAAAAACACCCCCAAAGCAUAAUGUUUCCACCUCCAUGUUUGACAGUGGGGAUGGUGUUCUUGGGGUCAUAGGCAGCAUUCCUCCUCCUCCAAACACGGCGAGUUGAGUUGAUGCCAAAGAGCUCGAUUUUGGUCUCAUCUGACCACAACACUUUCACCCAGUUCUCCUCUGAAUCAUUCAGAUGUUCAUUGGCAAACUUCAGACGGGCCUGUAUAUGUGCUUUCUUGAGCAGGGGGACCUUGCGGGCGCUGCAGGAUUUCAGUCCUUCACAGCGUAUUGUGUUACCAAUUGUUUUCUUAGUGACUAUGGUCCCAGCUGCCUUGGGAUCAUUGACAAGAUUCUCCUGUGUAGUUCUGAGCUGAUUCCUAACCGUUCUCAUGAUCAUUGCAACUCCACAGGGUGAGAUCUUGCAUGGAGCCCCAGGCCGAGGGAGAUUGACAGUUAUUUUGUGUUUCUUCCGUUUGCGCAUAAUCGCACCAACUGUUGUCACCUUCUCACCAAGCUGCUUGGUGAUGGUCUUGUAGCCCAUUCCAGCCUUGUGUAGGUCUACAAUCUUAUCCCUGACAUCUUUGGAGAGCUCUUUGGUCUUGGCUAUGGUGGAGAGUUUGGAAUCUGAUUGAUUGAUUGCUUCUUUGGACAGGUGUCUUUUAUACAGGUAACAAACUGAGAUUAGGAGCACUCCCUUUAAGAGUGUGCUCCUAAUCUCAGCUCGUUACCUGUAUAAAAGACACCUGGGAGCCAGAAAUCUUUCUGAUUGAGAGGGGGUCAAAUACUUAUUUCCCUAAUUUAAAAUGCAAAUCAAUUUAUAACAUUUUUGACAUGCGUUUUUCUGGAUUUUUGUUUUGUUAUUCUGUCUCUCCCUGUUCAAAUAAACCUUCCAUUCAAAUUAUAGACUGAUAAUUUCUUUGUCAGUGGGCAAACGUACAAAAUCAGCAGGGGAUCAUAUACUUUUUUCCCUCACUGUAUGUCUUGGGUGGCUGGAGUCUUUGACCAUUUUUAGGGCCUUUCUCUGACACCGCCUGGUAUAGAGGUCCUGGAUGGCAGGGUGCUCGGCCCCAGUGAUGUACUAGGCUAUAUGCAUUACAUUUAAGUCAUUUAGCAGACGCUCUUAUCCAGAGCGACUUACAAAUUGGUGCAUUCAACAUUGGAUAGCCAGUGGGACAACCACAUCUUGAUCACAGUAAGUACACUUCUUCAAACAAGCAGCUGUGAGCAAAGUCAGUGCAAUCAGGGACAACUACAUCUCGAUCACAAUAAGUACAUUUCUUUAAACAAGUCAGUGCUAGCAGGUAAAAUAAGUCAGGUGUUAGUUUAGACAAAAGACAGUGGUAGGAAAGGGGGGGGGGGGGGCUAGAAGGAUUACUAUUAUACUAUUCCAGGUAUUCCUUAAAGAGGUAGGUUUCAAGUGUCUCCGGAAGGUGGUCAGUGACUCCGCUGUCCUGGCGUCGUGGGGGAGCUUGUUCCACCAUUGGGGUGCCAGAGCAGCGAAUAGCUUUGACUGGGCUGAGCGGGAACUGUGCUUCCGUAGAGGUAGGGGGGCUAGCAGGCCAGAGGUGGAUGAAUGUAGUGCCCUCGUUUGGGUGUAGGGUCUGAUCAGAGCCUGAAGGUACGGAGGUGCCGUUCCCCUCACAGCUCCGUAAGCAAGGACCAUGGUUUUGUAGUAGAUGCGAGCUUCAACUGGAAGCCAGUGGAGUGUGCGGAGGAGCGGGGUGACGUGAGAGAACUUGGGAAGGUUGAACACCAGACGGGCUGCAGCAUUCUGGAUAAGUUGCAGGGGUUUAAUGGCACAGGCAGGGAGCCCAGCCAACAGCGAGUUGCAGUAAUCCAGACGGGAGAUGACAAGUGCCUGGAUUAGGACCUGUGCCACUUUCUGUGUAAGGUAGGGUCGUACUCUGCGAAUGUUGUAGAGCAUGAACCUGCAGGAUCGGGUCACCGCUUUGAUGUUAGCAGAGAACGACAGGGUGUUGUCCAGGGUCACGCCAAGGUUCUUUGCACUCUGGGAGGAGGACACAAUGGAGUUGUCAACCGUGAUGGCGAGAUCAUGGAGCGGGCAGUCCUUCCCCGGGAGGAAGAGCAGCUCCGUCUUGCCGAGGUUCAGCUUGAGGUGGUGAUCCGUCAUCCACACUGAUAUGUCUGCCAGACAUGCAGAGAUGCGAUUCGCCACCUGGUUAUCAGAAGGGGGAAAGGAGAAAAUUAAAUGUGUGUCGUCUGCGUAGCAAUGAUUAGGAGAGACCAUGUGAGGAUAUGACAGAGCCAAUUGACUUGGUGUAUAGAGAGAAUAGGAGAGUAAGUCAGCUGAUCUGAACAUUCACAGCCACUAUGCCAGUCUGCCAGUACACUACAAUACAUAACCUCAGAUGGCUCUCCCCACUGGGCACAGACGUCAAUUAAACGUCUAUUCCAUGUUGGUUCAACAUAAUUUCAUUUAAAUUAUGUGGAAACAACAAUGAUUAAACCAGUUUGUGCCCAGUUGGUCUAGUCUUUCCUCAAUAAUGCCGCUGCAUAAUUUGAAGUAUCAGUACGAACGGACCAAUCGGAAUCCUCUCUCGGUGCCGCCGCCAUGUUAACGUGUGUGCAAGGCGGGGGAAAUAACGCUGGCUGCGGCCCUAAACAAAGCCUAGAACACCGACAUUCCCAGUCUACCUAAUUUGCCUCUCGGCUGCUUAGCAUUCUGAGGCUGCGGAGAGGAAAGGAGAAGAGCGGGAAUCCCCAGGAGCCCAUUAUGCUUACUUUGUUGUGAAUUAAAUAAUUGUUGAAGUGCCGUUUAUUCCAAUGUUAUUUUAAAUUAUUAAUUUUUCAAAGCAUCUGUUUCUCACAAUGGCUAUAGUAUCCCCAGAGAGCGAGAGACAGAGGAAGAGAAAGAGAGAGAGAAAGAGGGAACGAGGGAGAGGUAGAGCACAGCCAUGCCUUCUGCCUCGCCUCUCCGCAAGGGGAAAUGUAAUGAAUUUCUCUCUCUCACCUGCAUCUCCACGGUGUUAAGCCAUGUUAUUAAUAAGGUGAUAGACUAGAUGCGAGGAUGGUUGAUCAGUGGUACGAUACAUACAUAAAUACCCUUGCCUUAACUCUACCGUCUCUUUCUCCCACAGUUCCCCCCACCAUCCAUCCCUUCGAGUUCCCUCGUUUCUCUAUUGGCCAACGUGUGUUCAUUCCAUGCGUGGUGAUGUCAGGUGACCAGCCUGUAUUCAUCACCUGGCAGAAGGAUGGUCGGCCAAUCCCGGCCAGUCUCGGCGUAACCAUCGACAACAUAGACUUCACCAGCUCCCUACGUAUCUCCAACCUGUCUCUCCUGCACAACGGCAACUACACCUGCAUCGCACGCAACCAGGCCGCCACCGUGGAACACCAGAGUCAGCUCAUCGUCAGGGGUGAGGAGGGGGGAGGGAGUGAGAGUGGAGAGGGGAGAGGAUGUGGAGAGGGGUGGGAGGGGGGAGGGAGGGAAGUGGGGAGUGAAGGGGGAGAAGGUUUGACACUACUCAAAUAUAUGAGUCUAGAAGGUAUUUGCUGGUUUUCAAGUAUUCUGCUAGAGUAAACUCUCUUCAUAUGUUCCCCUACAGUUGGAGUGGAUCCAAAUCAACCUACCACUAGGCCUAUGUUGGGUAUAGCAAAAGAAAACCUAUAUGCUAAAACAAAAUACAACCCUAAUCCCAAUAGCAGUGUUGCACAUGCUGUUUUACAGUAAUCUUAAUAUUUUAAUGUUGUGAUGUGAUGCCACUUAUUCCACUACAGGGCUAAUAUGCUAAACCACUCAUUAGCAUUGGCUCUUCUUGUUUUUCUCACAGUUGGUGUGAAAAUAUAGCAUUUCUAAUUUGUGCUAUUUAAGCCACAAGGUAUUACAAACUCAAACUACAACACCAUAACAGUAUAGCUAGUGUUAAUCAAUUACCUUUUGUCUGUUGCUCUCCCAACCAGUCCCUCCAAAGUUUGUGGUGCAGCCCAAGGACCAGGACGGCAUCUAUGGAAAAGCUGUGAUCCUCAACUGCUCUGCAGAGGGAUACCCCGUCCCUACCAUAGUGUGGAAGCACUCCAAAGGUAAAUAUGACCAGAAUAUACAAGGAUUGUGUUAAGUAGAGUGUAAAUGUUUUGACAUAGAGUGAAACAGGGAGGUACUGCACAAACCUGUCCAAAUAGAACACAGUUGUUCAUUUUCCGUUGCACUACUGAACAUGACCCAGGAUUAAUUAAAAGCUACUCUUCUCCCUUCUGACCACUAUGAUGAUAUGUUUACACACUGGGUUCAUGAUUGAGGAUAAAUACCCCUCUGUAACUGUGCAUCUUCCAUUUCUACUCCUCUGACUAUCUUGCUGAAUUGCAUAAACACAACAUUGUCCUACGGGAAGCUUUUUUAUUAAAAAGCAUCCGUUUAGGAGAGCCAACACAGCAAACACAGUGUCCACAGCCUUGAGGUUGAAUGGUGAAAGCUCAGCGCUGAAACUCUAAACAAAUAUAAAGAGGAAGAAGGGAAGGCAACAUCUUCUCACAUUACCAUAAAGGAGGAAAUUGAAAUGUACUGUAGAUUUUGUUGACGUAAAACAUCCAUCCAUUAUGUAAUCAUUUUUCAUCAUUUGGUCAUAAACUAUGCAAGAGGUGUUUUUAAUACAUCUUACAUCUCCUCCUCCUCUCUCUACCUCCAUCCCUCUCUCCCUAUCUCCCUCCCUCCCUAGGUGCGGGGGUUCCCCAGUUCCAGCCUAUAGCCUUGAACUCGGGCUUCCGUAUCCAGGUGCUGGUCAACGGCUCUCUGCUCAUCAAACAUGUACUGGAGGAGGACAGCGGCUACUACCUGUGUAAGGUCAGCAACGACGUGGGAGCUGACGUCAGCAAGUCCAUGUACCUCAACGUCAAAAGUAAGUCACUGAAGACCCCUGUCUGUAUAAAUGGACCUCAGUGUCAAAUGGAAGACCCCCCCCCCCCCCCAUCCUGAAAUGUAUGUGUUCUCCGAUGUAAAAAUAAAUAAAUAAUAAUAAUACAAAGCUUAGUGUCAAAAGUACCUUAAGGGAGACCCAUGGGGAAGCAGUAGGCUACAUGUUGGCUCUCACUAGAGACAUUAUUGAAAGCCAUUUUGUGGACUCUUCCGAGCAUCCAUUUCUGUUUGAUGUUAAGUCAUGUUAGUGGUCUGUGCUGGAGUGAGUGUCCCUGUGUGGGAAUGUAGUGCUAGGGAUGUCAAAGAGCCACAUUGUUUUAGCCCUGUAUUUACAAUGGGGUGGUCCAGUAUAGUGCUGGGUAGUGUUUGUGGCGUUAAAUGGCUAAAGGUUAAGUGAGUGGAGUCACUGUGCUCUGUGACAGAGAGGCCACCAGUGUGGUGCCGCCACCACCACCACCACUAUCAUGGCCCUGUAUCUUUCUGCCUGAACACAUCCCACAAUAGCAGCCAUGCAGCGUCGCCAGUCUCCGUCGCUCUCUCUUUCUCUUUGCGAAACAGGCGUUUAUCCGCUGAGUGGCCAUGGACUUAGCUCCCCUCCAUUAGGCUCUGAACUCUGUAUGCAGGCAGAGGCUGCCAUGUGGAAAAGAGGGCUGAGGGGGAGGGGAGUGGAGAGAUGGACUACCUGUCUGUCACCCUCCCUUGUCUUCCCCUUCUCUCUCUCCCCUCCUCUCCCUAGGCUGCUCUUCUGUAUGUCUGUCUUCCUCUCCUCCUCUUCCUCCUAUUCUGCUUCCUAUUUCCCUCUGUCUUCCCUUUCAGUCUUUCUCCCUCUGUCUUCUUUGUGUGUGUGUAAUAUUUAACUGUAUUUAAAUUCUGAUACAAUAUAAUUUCCCCUGCCCUGUCUGCCUGUCUCCUACCUCUUUCCCUCCUCCCUCCAUCUCCCAUCAUUGUGUGUCUCCCAGUCUAACCACUGGGAUUUGAUUGGGAGUGACAUGAUGUGAUGUUGUGCCCAUCACCCACCUCUAGAGCCAGUUCCAUCCACCCAAGUAAAAUUCAAUUCCAUUUAUUUGAUUUUUUUCAGCACCUUCAUCCCCUUCCCAAUAUUACAUAAUCUCCCCGAAAAAUGUGGGGCAUUAUUUCUUAUGAAUAAUAUAAUAUAGUAACAAAAGCUAAAUUGGAUGCAUUAUACUAUAUUCUUGUCCAGCAAGUGAAAUUAAAGCAGUGUUAUUGGAUAAUGAAACAAAUCAAAUGCGAGAUCUCUCCAAGCUCUCCUUACUUAUUUCAAUCCCCUGCUCCCACAGGCAUACAUUUACAUUUUUUUUUACAUUUUAGUCAUUUAGCAGACGCUCUUAUCCAGAGCAACUUACAGUUAGUGAAUACAUCUUUUUUUUUUAUACUGGCCCCCCGUGGGAAUCGAACCCACAACCCUGGCGUUGCAAACGCCAUGCUCUAUCAACUGAGCUACAUCCCUGCCGGCCAUUCCCUCCCCUACCCUGGACGACGCUGGGCCAAUUGUGCGCCGCCCAUGAGUCUCCCGGUCGCGGCCGGCGGCAACAGAGCCUGGAUUCGAACCAGGAUCUCUAGUGGCACAGUUAGCACUGCGAUGCAGUGCCUUAGACCACUGCGCCACUCAGGAGUAUACCAUAUUUUAAUUAAGUCUAUUGAUGCACCCGUGCGUCAAUCCAAGUAACAUAAUAAAAAAAUCCCAUUAAAAUCCAUCAAUUUAAGCUAGAGAUAUCAGUUUUGCAUGGGCUGCGUCUCAAUCCACCGCAUCCGCCUAUGUUGGCCUUCUGCAUCUGCAGUGAAAGGUGACAGAGCUACAGCGGUGUUUGUCAGAGCAUGUGACAUCCCGAAAAUCAGUCUUCUCACGAAAACAUCUGGAGCAUCCAAACGGUUUGGCCUAUAAACUAUGAAGGUAACCCAUACAAAAAAAUGGAAGUAUGAGUUUUGUGGCAACAAAAAUAAGGGGUAAGUUUAUGUCCAAAGAAACACAAACAUAUCCUGAGCUUUCUUAUAUCUCCAAGAUAUAGGACAGACACUUCAAAACCAUAUUCCUUAUGAUGUAUUUUUGGUCUAUCUUUUUUGCCAUUUAUGAAUGUGUUAUUCAAUGCGUUUCUAUGGGCUAUAGUAGUAAAGGCCAAAUUCAACAUUUAUCAAAUAAUACAAAAAAAGAUACCUAAAGGGGUCCUAAAAUUCAAAUCAAAUAUCUAAAUGAUCCAUGGUAUGGGUUGGGUUAAAUGCGGAAGACACAUUUCAGUUGAAUGCAUUUAGUUGUACAACUGACUAGGUAUCCCCUUUCCUUCCUUUCCCCCCUUUUAGAGGUUAAAGUCUUUGAUUAUACUAUAAAUUGUUGCUGUAGAUUUUUCCAAGAGGAACACUGCCCUCUUCAGGUGAAAAAAGGAAACUGUAGAAAAAGUGAUGCCAGGCUAUUGUUUUCAUGUUGAAGGAGUUUUUUAUAUUUUUUUUAUUUAUUUAACCUUUAUUUAACUAGGCAAGUCAGUUAAGAACAACUGACGGCCUAUUUACAAUGACGGCCUACACCGGCCAAACCUGGACGACGCUGGGCCAAUUGUGCGCCGCCAUAUGGGACUCCCAAUCACGGCCGGUUGUGAUACAGCCUGGAAUCGAACCAGUUCCCAUUUGAUGUUGAUGUUGAAUAGACUAUGUAAACUGCACUGAUUUGUAAUAUGAAAGAGGAACUGUUGAUUCUCCUUAAUCAACAUAAACAUUUUGAGCCAAAGUUUCUGGGUAAAUCUGGUUCUUAGUGUGUCUUGAGAGGUGUGUGUUGUUUAUGUGUGCAUGUAUGUGUGUGUGUGUGAUCUCCUGCUGCAUCCCUAUGGCUGGGCUGGGUGCUCAUUUGAUUCCAGUCACACAGUGGUCUAGUCACAGGGAUCUUAUAUACUUGUAGCUGUUAUCUGUCCCUGCAGAGUCUGUCUGUCUGCCGCAGCCAAAUACUGCUCCCUCAUGACUAGCUCUCUCUCUCUGUCUGUCUGUCUGUCUGUCUGACUCAAUCGCUCAUGUAAUACUCUCACACAAUUCCUCAAAAACACACACACAGUACAUGUACCAGGACACGUACACUUACAAACACACACUCAUAUGGAUAAACACAAUUAUACACUACACCGGUGGAGGCUGUUGAGGGGAGAACGGCUCAUAAUAAUGGCUGGAACAGAGUAAAUGGAAUGGCAUCAAACACACGGAAACCAUGUGUUUUAUGUAUUUGACACCAUUCCACCUAUUCUGCUCCAGUUAUUACCAUAAGCCCGUUCUCCCCAAUUAAGGUGCCACCAACCUCCUGUGCACUACACACUUAAAGCCUUACGUCUAGACACACACAGCAGAGUACCCACAGCAGUGGUAGAUUUUUGUCCACACGCACACGCGCGCACACAGAGAGAUGUCCCUCUGCAGUGUGUGCGUGCAUGUUUGUGUCUGUGUGUGAGCCUGUGUGUUCUCCCUCAGGUUGAGCUGAUCUCCCGGAGUGUCAGGUUCAGGUUGUUGUUUUGAUCGUUGUGCGGUCGGAUCGGUGCGGUCGGGUGUUGGUUGUGUCUGGCCCUCCUGCUCUCUGGAACCUGAGCCUCCCUGGAGCUCUGCUCCUCUGGUCUCCUGUGGAUCAGUGUGUUUGUGCCAGACGAAACCCUCAUUAACCCACAGAGCCUGUCCUCUGCUGAGCAGGUGUAG